AUGGCUGCUUUGAUCCCUAACAAAAAGAAAGGCAGCUCAGAGAGUUCCAGCUUCACGGCCGUUAACACUAACGGUGCUAGCACAGAAAGUUCCAACUUCACAAAUGGUGCCCAACAGCCGUACCAAGGAGAAGGGGCUGACGGCAUCGAAAAUCAAUCACAAACUUCACAACAGCGGCAAGUAAUUUCUCAACAACGACAGUCAUUCCAAGAACAAACGCCUAGCUUCAUCGCGAGACCCACCUUCGGCUUAGUCGAUUUUGUUUUACUGGAAACCUUAGGAACCGGAACGUUCGGACGUGUGUUCCUCACCAAAUUCAAACAUACCGAGAAUUAUUAUGCAAUGAAAGUAUUGAAAAAGCUCGAAGUGGUUAGACUCAAGCAAGUUGAACAUAUCAACUCUGAAAAGCUCAUCUUAAGCCAAGUUCACCAUCCGUUCAUCGUAAAUCUAUUUUGUACAUUUCAAGAUGAUAAGAAUUUAUAUAUGUUACUUGAGUACGUUAUCGGAGGAGAAUUAUUUUCACAUCUACGGAAAGCUGGACGUUUCAGCAACGACAUGACACGUUUUUAUGCUGCGGAGAUUGUUCUUGCUAUCGAAUAUUUACAUUCCAAAGACAUUAUCUAUCGAGAUCUCAAACCUGAAAAUUUACUAUUGGACUCGAGAGGUCAUGUGAAGAUUACUGACUUUGGAUUUGCAAAAAAGGUCGAAGACCGCACCUGGACGUUAUGUGGUACCCCAGAAUAUUUAGCUCCAGAGAUAAUCAAGAGUAAUGGGCAUGGAAAACCAGUGGAUUGGUGGGCGCUGGGUAUUCUAAUAUUUGAAAUGCUGGCCGGUUAUCCUCCAUUCUUUGACGAUAACCCCUUUGGUAUUUACGAAAAAAUUCUUGCUGGAAAGAUACAAUUUCCAUCACAUUUUGACAAUCUCGCAAAAGACCUUAUCAAACGUCUUUUAACGGCUGAUCGUACAAAACGAUUAGGUAACCUCAGAGGGGGCAGCGAAGAUGUAAAGAAACAUAAAUGGUUCCGUGGGGUUGAUUGGCAAGGUUUAUGUGACAGACGCGUGCAGGCGCCGAUCAUUCCACCAUAUCAACAUCCAGGAGAUACUAGUAAUUUCGAAAAGUAUCCAGAACCAUCGGAUGAAGAAGGUGGAAUCGGUAACACAGGAGACCCCUAUCGACAUCUUUUCAUAAAUUUCUGA